CCAUUUUCUCUUUUGCGUCUACUUUCAUGUGAACCGUACUAUACCCUCAAGUUUGCUAACUUCUUUUCUGUGAUUUGCUUCAAUUUUCGCCCUUAUCCGAACUCCGAACUCCGAACUCCCCUUUAUAUAUAUACACGAAGCCUCGUCGUCCUAGCCACAACCAACAAGCUGAGCUAAGUACGAAAAGGUGUAACGAAGUUUGAAAGUCUAUCGAAGUGGUGUACGUAAAACGUAACAAUUAUCAAGUACAAGUAUACAAGACGAAGAUAGAAAGAAGAAGAUGAUGAAGAGAACGACGAUUGCGAUAGUACUUCUUCUUAUCGUUCUCCUUGUCUUCCCCGAUAUCGCCUUUUCUAGACACAUCAAUAGAUCUUAUCGCAACGCUCACCGAGCCACACAAGGAAGAAUGAGAGGCAACAUGAGCCCAAGAGGUAGACCGGGAGUGAAGCCUAGAGGGUCAGGACCGGACACGGUUGAAAUCGCCGGUUCGAGAUUGCCUGAUUGUUCUCAUGCUUGUGGUUCAUGUUCACCAUGUAGGCUUGUUAUGGUUAGCUUUGUAUGUGCUUCUAGGGAAGAAGCCGAGACUUGUCCUAUGGCUUAUAAAUGUAUGUGUAAAAAUAAGUCAUAUCCAGUUCCUUAGAACUAAUUAAUCCUUUUUGUAAGGACUAAUUAAAAUUAGUCCUUAGCUACUACUUUUAUGUAACAUAGUUUCCAUUUUUCAUGUUCUUUAAUUGAUUAUAUUUUAUUUAUCUUUUUCAGUAAA